CUGGCGGGCUGUGGUUGGUGUGUGGACGUUUGCUGGCCAUGUUGUCCCGGGUGGCAGUCUCCGCCGUAGGCACCGCGGCUCCCUGUCUGAAGAACGCAGCCCUCCUAGGACCGGGGGUAUUACAGACAAAAAGAAUCUUUCACACUACACAGCCAAGUUUUGCCCCUCUACCACCCCUUCCUGAAUAUGGAGGAAAAGUACGUAUGGGGCUAAUUCCAGAGGAAUUCUUCCAGUUUCUUUAUCCUAAAACUGGUGUAACAGGACCCUAUGUGCUUGGAACUGGGCUUAUCUUGUAUUUUCUAUCUAAAGAAAUAUAUGUGAUUACUCCAGAGACCUUCUCUGGCAUAUCAUUACUAGGAUUGAUAAUCUAUGCUAUUAAAAAGUAUGGAGCCUCGUUUGCAGAAUUUAUUGAUAAAAUCAAUGAGCAAAAAAUUGCCCAACUAGAAGAGGUGAAACAGGCUUCUAUCAAACAAAUCCAGGAAGCAAUUAAUACAGAGAAGUCACAGCAGGCACUGGUUCAGAAACGCCACUACCUUUUUGAUGUCCAAAGGAAUAACAUUGCUAUGGCCUUGGAGGUUACUUACCGGGACCGGCUGCAUAGAGUAUACAAGGAGGUAAAAAAUCGCCUGGACUACCAUAUCUCUGUGCAGAAUAUGAUGCAUCAAAAGGAGCAAGAGCACAUGAUAAACUGGGUGGAGGACCGUGUGAUACAGAGCAUCUCUGCACAGCAGGAAAAGGAGACAAUUGCCAAGUGUAUCACAGAUCUAAAGAUGCUUGCAAAGAAGGCUCAAGCACAGCCAGUUAUGUAAAUGAAUCUCCCAACAGAGAUC